CCCGAAUACAUGCACACAGUCUGACGCCGUGACCCAACCAAACAUAACCCCAAGGGUCCUCGUUAAAUACAUCGCUUUAUCUCAAUCCGGAAGCGAUAGAAAACGUGUGACUACGUCGCUAAUGUAAAUGGCUAGCACAUUAAUAAUAGUGCGUUAUCUUUGCGCGCGUCUCUCACUGGACGCUUUCACGUCAGGUGGUGCUGUACAAGUAAUGAAGAGGUGAAUCCCCAGUCUACAGUUUUGGGACCUACUUGAGCACCGGCGUUCGAGCGAUUAACCGAGUCAGCGUUGGUUCUCCGUGGCGUUUUGAGUGUCAGUAACUAAACCGACAUCUUCUUAUCAUGCCUGGCAAGAAAUGAAUCCUGAUUCAGCGCUCGGCUCACACAGAAUCGCGCGCGGAGAGAACUUUGCUUUGGAACUCUUGUGCGGUGGAUACGGCACGCGCCACGGCAGCGCGCGGAGGAUCAACAACUUUCCUCAGAAGCAGCGCUAGCGUCCUUCCUAUGUCGCUUCAAACCCUUCCAUGUCACCAAUUAUUGUUGCUUUAAUUGGACGAGAAUGUUUCAGAGACCGUGUCUGCUCAAACUCGGGGCAAACAUCGUUGGUAAGCCUUGAGAAGCGGAUAAUAAAUGACUUUUAUGCGCCUCAGACUCGCGUCCUCGCCAGGUGGACUGGGAAGAGACAGAAGAGGAAUGUUUAUCCGAAAUUUAUUGCCGCUCAGUUUGGGUUUUUUGCCGUUUUUGUUAAGUCAUUGUUUUCUCUCACUGUUUCUUCCGUUAUUUCAGUUUGCGAGAGGGGAGCUCCAGAAAUCAUGCUCCCGAACUACAGUGGCACCGCUGGAAGGGAGCUGCCAGUUGCCAUGCCAGUGUAGGCCCUACCCACCGUUACCCCCUCCACCCCCUCCUCCACCACCCCCAAGGCUUCUGGCUCCAACUGUGGCUCCCUCCACUGUAUCCCCCAUAACGCCAUGGAGGAGAGAGAUGGAGAUCUUAGUACUGGGGACAGUAAGCUGUGCAUCUGUGGUCUUCCUCCUCCUGACUGCCAUCAUUUGCUACAAGGCCAUAAAGAGGAAACCCCUUCGAAAAGAAGAGAACGGCACAAGCCGAGGGGAGUAUGCCAUGAGCUCACGCUGUAAACAGCAGGUAGUGGAAACCAAUAACACUGGAGUAUAGUGGCCAUGCUAUAGCUGAACAUUCUGUACCCUACAGCACCACCAUCUCUGUUUGGGUUUACGCAAGGUAAAUUAUGAAUUUAGGAAUGGUAAACCUCACGGCUGCCCUUCUUGGGACCUAAAAUGAUGUUUAAAGAAAAGACAAAAGUGAGUAUGUAAUGACUGACGUGUAUAAGCAGGUUUUGAGGAGACAUGGAAAUUCUUAGCGAUGCUGGCAGCUGCACGAGUAUCACGAGACUCAACCUGGCGGCCCCCCGGGGCCCCUUUGAGGACAAUAUACAAUACCAACAACUAAAUAAACGCAUGCACUUUCUGUUGAAUGCAAUGUUUUAAAAUUCCUGUCUUCUCUUGUCUUUAACUCUGUCUUUGCAAUGUUCCUCAUUAAACAUUAAGGGUUCUCUCACCUCAUGUAGAUUGUGUGAGUGUUUAACGGUUAAAUGACUGCAUUGGCCCCAUUGUUUUGAUACAAUCAACAAAUGGGAUCGGAUGAUCCUGUAUUUUGUGUACCAAAAUAAACAAUGGAGAAUAAGAAAUGUUUUCCUUGAACACCCAGAAAUUUAUUGCGGUUUGUGUUACUAUGCAAUUGGAAAGGAUUGAGUUCUUGAGGUGCAUGUUUAUAAUACAAAAAACACAAGGCUAACAUUGCUAAUAGUUAGCAGAUUGUAGUCUGAUCAUUCUAUACAUUUGUAUUCAAAUUUGUCUGAUGGUGUAGCCCACAUGUGAAAGAGAUCUAAUUAUAAAUGCAUAAAAAAAUAAAAAUAAAUAACCAACAGGCAUGAUGGAUUAGUUUUAGGGAUGGAUUGAUGAAUAAUUUCAUGUUAUGGCUGAUAAAUAGCUGAUAUUAAAAUCUGUACUAUUUUGUCUAAAAAUAAAAUGCACCACAAACUAAAAUUGUUAGGCUUUGUGAAUGUCAAAGCAAUGUUUGGAUGCGUAGACAACAUUAUGUACAGUAUGAAAUAUGGAUAACUCUUUAUUUUGAGAUUUUAAAAAUAAUAAUAGGUGUGAGUUCCAUUAUAAGAAAGCACUCUUUAGGAAAUAGUGGUCUUAAAGGGUAAAUCGUUGCCAUAAUGUUUUUAAGUUGGCUCUAGACAAAAGACAUUUCAAAACAAGUGUUCACAAUUAAAUAUCCAUUAUCUUCCAAUAAAUAUCCAAUAUGUACACACAUAAGUAUUAAAAACUGACUAUCUUAUAACAGAUAUGGUCCUGAUAUAUGGUGCAUCAUUCUUUUACUAGUUUGGCUUUCUGUGUUACAUUUAUAUGAAAUGAACACAAUAUGAUGGAUGUCCAAUAUCAGUUUACCUUUCAGUAGUCGCACGUGCUCUUUCAGUUGAAACCAUUCGCAAUUAGUCAGGAUUUGUUCAUGAAAGUGGUCCAUAAUUUUGCACCAAUUAGAUAUACAUUACAAAUGGGAAAUUAAAUAAAAUGGUUACAUAAAAUUACAUUUUGAAGUUUGAAUAAUUUAAAAUGUAUUAAAUAGGGUUUGUUUAAAAAAAAAAAAAAAAAAAACUUUAAUACAAUGGAAAAUAUUUCCUCCAAUCAGUAUGGCUAAUAUAACAGAAAACAGUGAUUUGAUUAGUGAUUCAUGUCAACAUUUGUGGUCCAUCUCUUUGGAAUGUUUGCAAAUCAUUCUAGAUUCACAUCAAGUCUCUUCUUGACCUUUUUUGGCAACUCAUAAAAACUAGGAUGUUACAAGCUUUUAUGAAGACGGUUUAAAGCUAUUUUUAAAGUCGUUAAUACUGUGAUUUUAUGUGGGUUAGUGGAUGCUUUAAAGAUGUAUCAAGGUGAUUCAUCAAACAAGCUUAACCUUAAAUUUAGCUUGUAUCACUCUUAACCAGACCCUCUCUAUUGUUUCAUUGGAACUGUAUAUCGAAAGUGUCUAGAUCCCUCCCCCCUUUUGUAGACAGGAGCUUGUUGUAGAAAACAGUGAUGCACUGUUCAUGCAUAGUAACACUGAACUAUGAAUCAUAAUAUACAACCAUAUACAACUGAGCAAUGAUGUUUACAUAACAUACAAGCUUGUGUGAACAAAUAUCCCUCUUCAUAUUCUGUAAAACAUUCUCACAAUCUACUGUACAGUCAUUCACCCAUUCAACAAGAUAUAUGAACUGAAGAUAUAUGUGUAUUAUACUGUACAUAAUAUACUGUAUAAGGUACUCAGAAUUGUAUUGCAUGAAUGUACAUAUCAAUAUUUGCCUUCUUGACAGUCUAUUGUGUGUACAGAGUAAGAGAAAAUGUUUAUAGGGAUAAGUAUAAGUCGAUGUGUUGUCAGAACAGAAUAAGUGUUAUUGUUUGUCUGGAACAAGCCAUUAAUGUAUAUUUGAGUAAUCGGAGGUUGUUGCACAAUGUAUGCAUCACAUACCAAAAUGUAAAACUAUUAUAUAUUGUGCAUUGAACUAAUUUAAUUGCAACUUGCUGACUUUUUUAGUUUUAAAUAAAAUUGUACUACUGAA